UCUCGAACGACACCAAUAACUUCUCACGCGGUAACAAUUGAACUGCUCUCAAGCUUAUCAAGCUCAUUGUGUGUCUUAUGUGUCUGUGACACCACACAAGCAGUCAAGAUGGCACUCUCCAAAGAUGUCAAGAAAUCUUCCAAAAAGGCCUCCACUACCUCUGUCAAAAAGUCGGUUGCCUCGAAGCCGAACAAUGGCAAGGGCGUAAAAGAGAAAAGCACCUCUUUCUCUAGGAAGGCGGCCUUAUCCCCUGCUCUCUUAGAUGCUAUUAACGACUUCCUUAAUGCUUACGGCUUCAACAAGACCAGCAAGGCUUUCGCCGUAGAGCAGAAGGAGAAUGAGUCGAUUACGAAGGCGAAAAUCAGGACAACUGGUAAAACCACCACGAAAACACCUUUUUUGGUCGAGAUUUUUGAGGACUGGGAACGCAAUCACAAAGCGCAACGUUCAGAGGAGAAAGAAGAGAACAGCGUUGACACCGACGAAAGCGAUUCGAGUGACUCGGAUUCCGAUGCCAGCUCGUCCGAAUCCAGCGAUUCUGACGUUGCCAUGGAGAGCGCACAUUCGUCCUCCUCGUCCUCGGAAAGUGACAGCAGUGAUGAGGACGCCGAGAAGGCGCCCGUCGCCCAAUUGAACAAUUUAAAGCGCAAACACCAUGGCAAUUCGAGUUCCUCGUCUUCCGAUUCUGGCUCAGAUAGAGCCCGUCCUCAGGCGAAGCGAACAAAACUAGCUACUAAGAAAUCAACAUUGAAGGCAGCAGCAAAGCUAUCCUCCACUUCGGAAUCUUCGUUCGAAUCAUCCUCAGGCUCUGGUUCUGACUCCGAUUCCAACUCCGAUUCCGGUUCCAACUCUGAUUCCAACUCUGAUUCCGAUUCUGAUUCCGAUUCUGGCUCUGACUCUUCGUCUACAUCCGAAUCUGUGAAAUCGAAAAAGAAACCAGUUUCCAAAUCAACUGACGUGGCUGCCGCCCAGAUUCCACUUCCCGAGUCUGGCGAAAACGAUUCCAGUGACUCUUCCUCAUCAUCGUCAUCAUCUUCUUCGGACUCAUCCGAUAACGAUGGCAGCUCGGGCCUCAGACGAUCAACAGAAUCAAGUGCAACACUGGAAGCUAGCUCCUCGCCUAGCGACCCCUCUUCUGAUUCCUCCUCAAAUUCAUCUACUUCCAACUCUUCUACAAGCAAGAAGAAAAGUAAGAAACAGACAGGCAGCCAAUCCAAAUUCACCGCCUCCUCCACCACCCUCAACAGGAACACCUUUAGUACUUCCACACCCAACGUUGUUUCAACACCACUCUCCACCCCAGCCGUAUCUACUUCGCCCGCUAAGCGUUCGGGGGCUAAACCGACCCCUUUGGCGCAAGCCAGCGAGCUACCACACAACCAUCCCUCCAAUGCUUAUAUUCCAUACGCGUAUGCGGAACGUGCACACAAGGAUCUCUCAGUCACCCGCGGAAAGGGGUUCACAAAGGAGAAGAAUAAGAAGAAGCGCGGCUCCUACCGGGGAGGACCCAUAGACAUAGGCCCCGGAAAAUCAUUCAAGUUUGAAGACUAGUGCUGGGAAUCGUAACUACAAGAUCUCAGUGCUGAGCAGAUGCACACUCUUUCAUAUCUCGCGACUUACCAAAAGAAGAAAAAAUAUUUUAUUCUUCAGCUAGCUCUUUGUUUGCUAUUUUUCAUUCCCAUACCAGAGUCUCUUCCUUUGUGUUCCGUUGACUUCAUUAAUUCUCCAGGUCUCGCCACCCCCACGACCUAUCAAGUUGGAACUUUUCCUGUACGCUGGCUGGACGGUUCGUUAAUUUGCUGUUAUGAAACCUCUAUUACCAAAAAUUAGAUCAGUAAAUCCUGUAGCGUUCUAGCGAGAUAGAAUGUCAGAACACACCGUCUUUAUUACCUAUAUUGAGAUAUAAUCUGCAAGAUGAGGCCAGCAACCGUUUGUUUUACUAGUUACUUACCAUCUUGCGCUAAAUGCUCAGUAAUAUCCAUUCUGCUGGUGGGAAUGCAAGCUAUAUAUGGAAUCAUCAGUAGUAAACUCUAGAUAUGGAAGGAAAUUCCAUGCGCUAGAAUUUCUAGGAGGCAAUAUAAAUCUAAGCGUCUAUAUGAACUCGGAUAACAUGGAUAGGGAACCAACGCAAUGAGAACCAAAUUAAAUAUAUAUAACAGGACUUCCGCGAUAAUAUAACCCAGAAUACUGAACAGAAAUCUCCAUCCAUCGGUCAAGCCCUUGUCCGCCUCCCCCUCACCCUCUUCUUCCCUUUAACCAACGGCUGCCACCAGCGCGGAUCCCAGCCAGGAACCC